AAACAGACCUUCACUCAUCGAGUGUCAGAGAAGGUGACACAGGAAGAUGGGAUCGAUGAGGAUGCAAACCCUGGCCUUGAGCCUCGUGGUACUUACAGUUCUGACGACGACCGCAGCAGGAAGCGAGAACUUCCAGGUUGCAACAGGAGGAAAGAAGAAUUAUGCGCAAUGUGCCCCAGUGGCUGACUUCAAAACUUGCUAUUCCUUUGUGAAACCAGGUUGGACACCGGUCUGGCUGUACCCCAAGCUGCUCUCACCGUGCUGCAAAUACAUCAGACAGGAAAGCCUGGACUGUCUCUGCAAGGCUGCGCAGUCCAAGUUCAGCUUCAAGGUCGACCUGAAGAAAGCUUUGGGCUUGGCUAAGAAGUGUGGAAAGUAUUACCCCAAGGGCACCGUCCUCAAGUGCCAAGCUCCUCCUGCGCCAUACUACUACCAGUCCCCACCUCCUCCCACAUACUACUACAAAUCCCCACCUCCUCCCGCCUACUACUACAAAUCGCCACCUCCUCCCGCCUACUACUACAAAUCCCCACCUCCUCCCGCCUACUACUACAAAUCUCCUCCCCCUCCGGCUUAUGUUUACAAAUCCCCACCACCUCCUGCCUACUACUACAAAUCCCCACCUCCUCCCGCCUACUACUACAAAUCUCCUCCCCCUCCAGCUUACGUUUACAAAUCCCCACCUCCUCCCGCUUACUACUACAAAUCUCCACCCCCUCCUGCUUAUUACUACAAAUCUCCUCCCCCUCCCGCUUACGUUUACAAGUCUCCUCCCCCUCCCGCAUACGUUUACAGCUCUCCCCCACCUCCCGUGUACGAGUACAAAUCUCCACCACCUCCCGUGUACGAGUACAAAUCUCCACCACCACCGGUCUACGUAACUCCAUCUCCUCCCGUGUAUCAAGCACCCCCAUACUACACUCCUUCCCCACCAGCGUACGUCACUCCAUCUCCUCCUGUCUAUGAAGCACCCCCGGUCGUCACCCCAUCGCCACCUGUUUAUCAAGCACCACCGACGUACGAAGCUCCACCCACAUACGAAGCUCCACCCACAUACGAGGCUCCACCCACAUACGAGGCUCCGACUCCCCCGGCCUACUAAGGUCGCCUCGGAGUCUGGCAUGUCAUGUCCCCUCCAGUGCAGAGAGAGCUGAUCGGACAGUGUCAUGCAUGACCCGUGAUCCUUGACGAGGAGCUCGUUGUACCAUACGUGCCCAUCAGCAGAUCCAAGUCGUCGCUGUUUGUAUAAUCGUCUGCGACUCACAGCGUCACGACGACGUGACACUUCGAACUUGCUCGAAGAUGAGGCAUGAGCUCGCUCCGUUCCUUGUUCUGAUCAACUCGAUCAGAUCAUAUCCGGAGAUGGCUGUGUUUUAGUGUCGUGCUGAAUCGGAGCAGUGAUCAGAUCCAGAGAUAGCUGUACUUUAUCCUCAGUUUGAGCUGGAGCAUUGUACCGAUCGAUCCUAAGGCAAAGAUGGGCACAGAUGAGCUGGAGAUGUCCGGCCACCUUGUCCAGAUAGCUCGAUCGGUCGAGAGGCCAGUAUCAUGCCUGUAGUCUACGUGACCACUGUAUCGUAAUAAACGCAAAAUUCAAUCUC